CCGCACCGUCCUGCCGGGACCGGGCCACAGGCUCCCGGCCCCUCUCUGGCCCCGAUGGACUGGCAAGAGAGCGAGUACCUGGAUAAGCAUGGGAAAUAUACCCCCUGCAGAAACUGCAUGCCCGGGCAGGAGCUUUCCAAGGACUGUGGCGACGACGGCGGGGGGGAUGCGCAGUGCGUGGCCUGCCCUCCCAGGAAGUUUAAAGACAGCUGGGGGCAUCACGGCUGCAAGCCCUGCCUCUCCUGCACCCUCAUCAACCGCGUCCAGAAGUCCAACUGCACGGCGACAACCAACGCGGUCUGUGGGGAGUGCCUGCCGGGGUUUUACCGCAAGGCGCGGAUCAGCGGACAGCUGGAUUGGGAGUGCAUCCCUUGCACCAAGCAGACUCCCUCCUCCGAGCGUCAGUGUCAGUACAGAACAAACCUGGUGAAGGUAGCUGUCCCCACCGUACCGCCGCAGGACACGGCCCUUCUUGCACUGACCAGCAGCGCCCUGGUCAUCAUCGUACUGGUGCUUCUGGCACUCUCCAUCAUCUACUGCAAGCGGUUUUGGAAGAGCCAGUGCCAGCGAGUCUUCCUGAGGACUCAGAACUUCUCAGACCAGCGAGCAAUGUUCCCGACCGCAGCGGCGCCCGGCAGAUUCCUGUGUGAGGAGCAGAUGUCUGGUCCCUGCUGCCUGGGUGUGAAGAACCUGAGCCCCUGCUACAGGCAGGCAGAAGGCCCUGUGGAAGCGGUGCAGUUCAUUUCAGACGGGGAAGCCGUGGGUCUCCAGCUUCCCUCUCUCCAGCCGGAGACGGACUUGCCGCCAGCCGUCACAGUCAGCACUGCCUCCAAAGCCCAGCUGGGCAGGAGUCUCCUGGAAAGCCAGCCCCUCAUACGGGCCUCCGGCCGCAGUGACUGCCUGGUUGGGGUCCUGCCGCCCUCCGACCCCAGGCAGGGCCAGCCAGGCACGGUGGAGGCCCUGGCCCCCCUCUCCUCCUGCGCCUCCGAGAUGCAGCACAAGUGGCCACACGCCCCAGUGGAGUGCACCGAGCUGGACCUCCAGAAGUUCUCCACCCAGGCAGAGUUUGUGGGCAGCGAGCGGCCAGAGGACGCGGCGAGCCGGGCGGCACAGAGGAUCCUGGCAGAGAGUGGUGGCGUGGGGCGGGAGGGGGCCCGGCACCUGCCCUCCGCCUUCCCAAAUCCCACUGCCGAAAGCGGAGAGCAGCCGGUGAAUGAUGCUCAGAGCCUUGUGACUCAGAUCAGCAGCACAGCAAAGGGUCUGCCGAUAGCAGAGCUGCCCCAUUCCUUGGUGCAGUCACUUGCCUUCUUGUUGGACCCUUCCUUGAAUGGUGUGAAGAACUUCAGCCACGUGGCACUGGAGCUGGGGGUCACACCCCAGUUGCUGGGACGGAUAUCAGGAUUUGAGCAGCUCGUCGCUCACUUCACCUACUCGGGAGACGCGGUCACCAUCCCGCUCCUGGCCCAAGCUCUGCAGCAGCUCCAGCGGUUCGAUGCCUUGCUCCUACUCUGCGACCACUUCGCGCUCAGCCAGGCUCAGGGCCACCAGCGCUAGAGAGAUCAGGGAAGGGACGGAGGAAGCUCCAGGCACUGUAUGUACUGGUCAGGAGAGGAUCCGGUAGCCCUGCGGUCACAUAAUCUCUGAUGUGUACAUGCGGAGUACAUGGAGGUGGUCUUUGCAUGGCGGAACAGAAAGACGCGAGGGGGAGCGUCCCUCCUCGGGGGAGUGCUGGGAGGCCACAGCCAUGCCUCCUCCCAGCCUCCACACGGGAGGGUUGGCUCAGACCCCUCCGGAGGCCAUUUUUCUCUGGCUGCAUUUACACCUUUGUCUGGCAGUGGAGUGCCGUCAGUCGCUGUGCCGCCUGAGCUGUGGUGCUCUCGCUCUGCAGUGAGCCCCGUGCUGCCCCAGCUGUUGGCACGGGGUCCC